AUGCUCAACAAGCGCUUCAGUCGCAUCGCCAUCUUCGGCCUUUGCUCCAUCGUCGUCAUCAUCCUGAUCUUCUGGCACAGCAUCCAUGGCAGCUACAACGUUCCCGAGUACUAUCCGUUUGCGACCACGAGCUACUUCUUCCCGGUCUCCAUCGACCCGGCUGGGAAGACCACAAAGGACCUAUGUGCGUCCUUCCCGAACCACGUUCUCGAAUCCAUCCAGCCGGUCCUGAAGAUGGGCCAUGGCGAGAAUCGAGCCAAGAUCGAUGCCCAGCUCGACAGUGUGAGCGCUUGCUUUUCCAAGGACGACUUGCUCAUCUUCUCCGACCUCGACGAAACAAUCCGCGACCACGAAGUCAUUGACAUUCUCGCCGACUUGCCCGCCGGUUAUUACGACGACAAUCCCGACUUUGACCACUACAUAUGGCAAAAGGAGAUGCGCGCGAAUGGGACCCUGGAUGUCGACAAGGAGGCGACCGCGCGCAUCAACGGAUGGAGGAUUGACAAGUACAAGUUCUUGCCCAUGAUAGAGCGGGCAUGGAGGACGAAGCCCAACAAGGACUUUUACUUUUUCCUGGAGACAGACACAUACGUCUUUUGGGACAACGUCUUCCGCUUCCUCCACACCUUCGAUCCCGAUACACCCCUAUACAUGGGCUCGCCCUCGCCCGGUCGACAUGACGUCAGGAAGGACAUUAAAACCUGGUUCGCAAACGGAGGACCCGGUUUUGUGCUCAGUCGUGGUGCCAUCAAGGCCCUCCUCUCACGCAAGGUCACCUCGUUUGGGCAGUACGUCGAGGCUCCGAUCACCGAGAAGUGGCUCCCACUGCUCAAGGAGGACUGCUGCGGCGACAGCGUCGUGGGCUGGGCGCUGUGGAACGCCAGCAUUUCACUGCAAGGCUACUGGCCCAUGUUCAACCCGCAUCCUCUCCACGGGAUCCCGUUCAGCGACAGGUACUGGUGUCAGCCGGUGCUGACAUUGCAUAAGACGCUGCCGCAAGACAUGGUUGACGUAUGGAAAUGGGAGUUUGGACAAAGACAACUAGGACGCCCGCUCCUGUACUCUGACCUUUGGGCUUUCAAACAUCCUGGCGACCUUGCUUCUGCCUCUGACUGGGACCAAGGUGACUGGGACAGCUGGAUUGCCCCACCUGAAGCCAAGAUUGACUCCUUUGAUCUAUGUAAAAAGUAUUGCGAGGAUCACGACCAAUGUCUAGAGUGGACUUGGAGGGGAUUGGACGCGCAACAAUGCGUCCUCUCCAAGGCCAUUCGAUUUGGUGAUCCCAGGAAGUCUGAGAUCAUCCCAUACCCCGAGGAAAGGGAUGACAAGGGUAACUUAUUACCACCGCCCACGGAUCGAAAAGACAGGUUCGUCGACUUCAAGUCUGGAUGGCUUGGCGAUAGAAUCGACCAAUGGAGGGCCAACAGAAACUGCUCGACGGUCCAGUGGGUGGGACCAAGCAUCAAGAGGAUAUUUUAA